CUUCAGUUAAUAUCUGGUCUAGACAGAUAAAAAAGUCAAACAUUUUCUGUCCUUUCUUAGGAACAAAUGUUUUACUUUGCUAUUAUUUUCUGUUUUGAGUGCAGCAAUCAUUAAACCAGCUUAAUAGAAUGACUUCCUGUUAUGUUGUUCAUGAGGCUCCUGUACGAAGAGUUGCUAUCUUUGGAGGGACUCAUGGCAAUGAGUUAUCAGGGGUAUUUUUGGUCAAGCAUUGGCAAGAGAAUGGAGAUGAGAUUCAAAGAACAGGGCUGGAAGUGAGACCAUUUAUUACCAACCCAAGAGCUGUGAAGAAAUGUACUAGAUACAUUGACUGUGACCUGAACCGAGUUUUUGAUCCUGAUAAUCUUGGCAGGCAAAUCACAGAAGAUAUUCCAUAUGAAGUGAGAAGGGCUCAGGAAAUCAAUCAUGUAUUUGGUCCAAAAAAUAGUAAUGAUGCCUAUGACCUUAUUUUUGACCUUCACAACACAACUUCUAACAUGGGUGGCACUCUUAUUCUUGAAAACUCCAGGAAUAACUUUACAAUCCAGAUGUUUAAUUAUAUUAAGAAUGCUUUGGCUCCAGAAUGCUGUCCUGUUUUCCUAAUUGAACAUCCUAACUUGAAAUAUGCAACAACUCGAUCUAUAGCAAAACACCCUGUUGGUGUGGAAGUUGGGCCUCAGCCCCAAGGAGUUCUUAGAGCUGAUAUUUUGGACAAAAUGAGAAAGAUUAUCAAACAUGGCCUUGAUUUUGUGCACAUUUUUAAUGAAGGAAAGGAAUUUCCACCAUGUACAAUUGAAAUUUACAAAAUAAUGGAAAAAGUAGAUUAUCCCAGGAAUAAAAAUGGUGAAAUUACUGCUGUUAUUCACCCUAGCCUGCAGGAUCAAGACUGGCAGCCACUGAACAAUGGGGAUCCUAUAUUUUUAACUAUUGAUGGAGAGACCAUUAAUUAUGAAGGGGAUUGUACAGUAUACCCAACAUUUGUGAAUGAGGCUGCAUAUUAUGAAAAGAAACAAGCUUUUGUAAAAACAGUCAAAGUAAAACUUACUGCAAAAGGUAUCAGAUCCUCUUUGUCUUAGAGCUAGGACAUUUGUAAAAGAUUAUGAAACUUUAGACAUAUGGCCAAAUUCAUUGCUGAUUUCUACUCCAUGUAAUCCAGGUGAAGUCAGUGGGGAUUUAUGGAACAUAAAUCAAUGCAGAAAUUAACCUUUAAUUUAAAAUUGUGUAUUAAUUAAUUUUACUAAGCACUUUGAAGAUGAGAAGCACUUUUGAAAUGCAAAGUAUUAUUUUUAGCCAUGUUCAAUAGUUUAUUGCAGAUACUAGAAAUAAGUA